UUUCUGUCACACACGCACUAAGAGAGAGAGAGAGCGAAGAACCUAGAAAGCACACGUUGACAGGUCGAUCACAAAAUUCAAGUUUGAGGACUACGAGGGAAAUUGCUACGCGAGAACAAGGAUUCACACAAUGAAACGCACGACAGCGUGUUGGCAUCUGUGUUUGUGUGUCAUGAUGAUGUUCUCGGCAUCAUGCGAAACCAAGCGUGUCAUGCUGAUGCCACUCCCUCUUUCAAGUCAUGCCAUCAUGCACUUGACGCUCGCAGAAGCAUUGACGGCCAAAGGUCACGAGGUGUGGGUCGUUCUGUCUACCGACGUCGUCAGAAAGGGUUACCAUGACCUGAAGGGAGUGCACAUCAUCGAGUACACCACCAGCAUCUCCAUGCAAGACGACAAUGUCGUGCCUUUUCUUUUGAAACCAUAUUUGGAGGGAAGAAAACCAGAAAUACAGAAUCACAUCCAGAUGAUGUGGCAGAUGAACGACGAGAUCAUGACCAACCAGUCGCUGUUUCAGACAAUGCGAGAUGUCAAGCCAGAUCUCUUCGUGUACGACGAUGGUAAUCAUAAGAGAAUCUACCUUAUCUUCGCCUACAGGAUGGGGGUACCUUUUGCCAGCUUGCACUUCGCAAACGACCCCUUCUUCCGCAGAAUUCCUUUUUCUCCCGCCGUCGACCCCAUCGAGUUCCUUCCCCUCGGCCAGCACAUGACCUUCGCGGAGCGUUUGAACAACUUUCUGUCCUAUGUAUCUCUCUACAUGGGCAUCCUCUUUGUCCGGAAAAUGCCGUGA